ACUCGACCAAUUUACGCCCCACUACUCCCGUUGGUCCUCAAAAAUGCCAGGCGGCCUUUGAGAUUGAUUUCCCCAAAAUUCUCUCUCUCUCUCUCUCUCUCUCUCUGAUUUGAAUUCGAUCUCAACGAGAUUUGGAUGCGAUCGUCCAACCCAACCGCUCACCCACCACCUCCGUGUUAUAAAUCUUGGGAAGAAAUGGAAGGGUCCGGCCGUUCCCAUUCUCCUCCUUCUACCUUCUAAGAACAACUAUCGGGCACCAGCAAAGGACAAAGAUCGGAUUGGAAUAAAGCAGGGUUUGAGAAGAUGAACAGGAAGCCAGGAGACUGGAACUGCAGGUCCUGCCAGCACCUCAACUUCAGCCGCCGCGAUUCAUGCCAGCGAUGCGGCGAGCCGAGGUCCGGCAGCGACCGCUCUGACUACGCCAGCUUCGGCGGCGGCCGUGCAGCUGGGUCCUCAUCCUUUGGCUUCAGUGGAUCCGAUGUCCGGCCGGGAGACUGGUACUGCUCAUGCGGCGCCCACAACUUCGCGAGCCGCUCCAGCUGCUACAAGUGCAACGCGUUCAAGGACGACGCCGCCGUCGGCGGUGGUUUCGAGGGCGAUGUGCCGCGCUCCCGGGGGUUCGGCUUCGGCGGUGGCAGUGGUCGUACCGCCUGGAAGUCUGGAGACUGGAUUUGCACCAGGUCGGGCUGCAACGAGCACAACUUCGCGAGCAGGACGGAGUGCUUUCGGUGCAAUGCACCUCGGGAGUCUGGAACUGAAGUCUAAGGAGUAGACCAAGUGCUCUAUAAGAUGAACGUGAGACAUGAAAUCAUAUGAUGUAGUAGUAAUCUCAAGUUAUUACUAGUUUUGCUCCUACCCAACUUGCUUCUCUUUUUAGCCAAAAAAAAAGGAACUUCUUUUUUCUUUACUUUGGUUUUAAAGCCUCUGGUGGAACCAUGGCUGAACACCCAUGCAUCUUCCAUGUUGAAGUCUCCUGUACCAGUUUUUUGUUCGCUUUUGAAGUUGUAUCCCCACCUUCCUUUGCUCUAGAAGUAUAAUUAUCUACUUGUGCUGUUGCCCC